AUGCAUUGGACGGCCAUCACCCUGGCCCUGCUCGUGCAGCAUGGCGUCAGCCAGCGGGCGAGCAUGCCCAUGAUGCGCUUCGAAUGCUCGCAGUUGGUGGUGGACCGCAUCGACCCCCUGGUCAACCCGGGCCAGAUGCCGGCGCCCCAUCUCCACCAGAUCGUCGGGGGCAAUUCCUUCAACGCCUCGAUGGACCCGGCGGUCCACGACCUACCCACGGCGUCAACGUGCACCAGCUGCACCUUCUCCGAGGACUUUUCCAACUACUGGACGGCUGUGCUGUUCUUCAAGGCGCGCAACGGGACGUUCAAGCGCGUGCCGCAGUUUGUGAGCUCGGGGCUCAAGGGCCAGGGCGGGAUUACCGUCUACUACAUCGCCCCGUACGACGGCAAGACCAAGGUGACGGCGUUCAAGCCGGGGUUCCGGAUGCUGGUGGGCGACGCGUCGUCGCUGGACAAGCCGAGCGCGGCCAAGGACCCCAAGGUGUGCCACCGCUGCAUGCCCAAGUCGGGCGAGGGCAGCGGCGUCGAGUGCGCGGCGUCGUCGAGCGGAGACUCGCUAGCGCUGCCCAAGAGCCCCUGCGCCGGCGGUAUCCGGUCCGUCAUCACCUUCCCGACGUGCUGGGACGGCAAGAACACCGACAGCCCCGACCACAAGAGCCACGUCGCCUACCCGACCUCGGGUACCUUCGACAACAACGGCCCGUGCCCCGCCACCCACCCCGUCCGCAUCCCCCAGGUCAUGUACGAGGUCAUGUGGCAGACCCAGGCGUUUAGCGACAAGAGCCUCUGGCCCGCCGACGGCUCGCAGCCCUUUGUCUGGAGCACCACCGACAAGCGCGGCUACUCGCAGCACGGCGACUACGUGUUCGGAUGGAAGGGCGACGCGCUGCAGCGUGCUCUCGAUGCCCGCUGCAACGGCGAUGUCUGCUCCGCAAUCAAGACGCAGAGCGCCGACGAGGCCACAAAGUGCACCCUGCAGCGCUCGGUCAAGGAGGACAUUGACGGAUGGCUUACUCACCUUCCCGGUAUGCCCAUGGAUGCUUAG